ACUCUCUGAAAAUCUGUUUUACUUUUUCUGCCGGGGUAGUCCCUCUUUAAAGAACGUAUUGUUGUAUUACGAUUUUGUAAGUUGCUUUUCCAAAGAUGCAAACUAAAACGUAAAUGUACAAGAGCUUUAAGUUGAUAAUGUUAAUGUUUCUUUGCCAUAACUUAUACACAUAUUACCAAUAGUGAUGUAAUGUCGUCCACCAGCUGUAAAGAACUUCAAUACCGAGAUAACUUAGAGGGAAUUAUUGAGAAAGAAUUUUCACGUUUGCAAGGUUUGACAUACUUGGACCAUACUGGUGCAACAUUGUAUGCAAAAAGCCAGAUUGAAGCAUAUACCCAUGACCUGCAAAGUAAUGUAUAUGGAAAUCCUCACAGUGGUAAUCCAAGUAGUGAGCUGAUGCUGGACACUGUACACCAGGUCCGAAACACAGUCCUUGCACACUUCAAUGUUUCCUGUGAAGAAUAUGAUAUUGUAUUUACACAUGGAGCAACAGGGGCUAUUAAAAUCCUCGCUGAAAAUUUUAAAUGGACUUCAGGUGCUUACUCAAUUUAUAGCAAUACAUAUUGGUUUAUAUUAUUUUCCUGGUUUAUUUUUUUUCUGAAAGAACUUUCCUAUGUUUUAUUUCUGUUAAUUGUUCAAAGUGGAAAAUCUGCAUUCAAUUUGAAAAACUAUGCGCCAGUCAAAGUGAAGAGUAUGUCACAACUUGGCGAUUCUAAUGGAUCAGUUAGAACUGGAAACUUAUUUGCAUAUCCUGCACAAAGCAAUUUUUCUGGAUGCAAAUAUCCUCUUUCAUGGAUUCAUGAUGUGAAAAAUCAUGGCCUUGAUAAUAUAAACAGUCAUGCCAACGAAAACUGGUAUGUGUUACUUGAUGCUGCAGCGUUUGUACCAUGCUCAAAACUAGAUUUAAAAGAAAACCCGGCAGAUUUUGUUUGUCUUUCAUUUUAUAAAAUGUUUGGAUUUCCUACAGGUCUCGGUUGCCUAUUAGUUCGAAAAACAACUGAAGAUAUGCUUUUAAAGAAAGGUUACUUUGGUGGAGGAACUGCUGCUGGUUACCUUGCAACUUCAGACUAUUUCAAACCCCGUGUAAAUUUACACCAAAGAUUAGAAGACGGUAGCAUUCCUUUUCUGGAGAUAUUGGCAUUGCAACACGGAUUCAACAUUUUAAAUAAAAUUGACCAUUCAAUGAAAGUUAUACAAUCACAUACAUUUUCCCUCAUAAAUAGGUUAUACAAUGAAUUGAUUGCUCUGCAGCAUUCAAAUGACGCUCCAGUUGUUAAAGUAUACAGCCAUACAGACUACAGUGAAAGCAACCUCCAGGGUGGAAUUUUGACUUUUAACAUUCAAAGGGCAGAUGGAAGUUUCGUUGGUUUUAAUCACGUGCUUCAACUAGCUGCUUCACGAAAUAUCCACUUAAGAUCUGGUUGUUUUUGUAACACAGGAGCGUGUGUCAGGUUAUUGAAUCUUGAGCCUGAAAAUGUGAAACAUAUUUUUGAGGGUGGCCGAACAUGUGGAGACCACAUUGAUAUUAUUGAUAACCAACCAAUUGGUGCAAUACGUGCUUCUGUAGGUUACAUGUCAACAAUGGCAGAUAUCAAUUCACUUCUGCAAUUCAUUAAAGAAUCUUUUGUUCAGGAAACUAUUACCUCUGCAAUUUCCAAUGGUGACAUAUUUUAUGAUGCAUCCUCUACCAUAAAAGCAAGCCAACGUUCACUAAGCUUAGAGAAGAUAUUUGUAUAUCCGAUUAAAUCUUGCCGAGCAAUUGAGGUAAAACAAUGGGAACUAUGCAGCACUGGCCUUAUGUAUGAUAGAAUGUGGAUGAUUGUAAAUAAUUUUGGAGUUUGUUUGACUUUAAAGCGGGAGAACAUGCUUGCACUUAUUCAACCUACAUUAGAUUUAAAGGCCCAAACUUUGACUUUAGAAGCUGAUGGUCAUGGCUCGGUAACUGUCUCAUUGGAUUUCAUGGACUGUGAGCAAAAUAUGUUAAAGGUGAAUGCUUGUCAAAGUAAAGUUUGCGGAGAUAGGGUAUUAGGUAAUGACUGUGGCCAAAAAGUAAUGACCUGGCUCACUGAUUUCUUGGGUUACAAAUCUCAUUUGAUAAAAAAGAACAAUGAUCCUCGGUUUUCUAAAGUUAACAAAGCAAUACAUGAUGAAAAUGGCUUCUCUAAUUUGCAAAGUAUUACACUUACAAAUGAAGCACAAUAUUUACUGCUGACAAGAGAAUCCGUUGAACAUCUUCAAAGGCAAAUGAAGAAAUCACAAGAGCAAUUCAACAGCGAUUUACUUGCAUUUGAUGAAAUUGUUAGUCGUUUUAGAUGCAAUUUACUUGUGGCAGGUUGCAAGCCUUUUGAGGAAGAGUCCUGGUCAGGUUUAGUGCUCAAGAACAAGCUAGAAAUGGUCAACUUUAAGUUUUGUGGCUUAAGCAGCAGGUGUAGUAUGGUGUGUGUUGACCACAAAACUGGAGAAAAGGGUUUGGAGCCAUUGCGAACUUUAGGUACACUACCUCCUCCUCACUAUGCCAACAAGCAACAAAAACGCAGAAAUCAUUUUGGUAUUUAUCUGUACUGUGAGUGUACAGAAAGUGCAAUUGCUGUUGGUGAUAAGAUGUUUUUGUAUAACUAAUGCCUCUUUAAUUUUAAUUCUCAUGCUCAUUUUGAUUUUAAUUCCUUUCUUCAAAUCAUUUUACUCUCAAUCUUACAUUUUUUAUUAAUUAUGCAAGUAUGCUUUAAGUGUUUCCACAGAGUUUCAACAUUUUGUUUAACUGCUUUCUCCUAGAAUUAUCUCCACAUUAGCAAUGCUUGUUGACUCUUUUAAUUUUACCUAAGAAUAACAUUGUUAUAUUAAACUGUUUACAAUUUAUGCUUGUUUUUGAGAUUCUUCAUAUUUUAUAUAGAUUAAUUUAAAUAAAACCUAAUUCGGCAUCUUCAAUUUAACAAUUGUCUUUUAGUAGUUUAAAUUUUCUGCUGUAGUGGUCUAAUAGCAACAUUAAAAUCAACCUCUUAUGUAUGCAUAAUUGUCAGAUAGAUUUCACAGCAAAAACUACACAACAACUGGUUUAUUGGGAUGGCAGUUCACUUCAGCUUGAAAGAUGCAUCGUUUAUGAUAUACCUACCUGUAAACUUAUCCAAAGUAAUU